AGAAGUCUUCUACCACCACCAAGAAGUCUCUACUACCACCAAAAAGUCCACGACCACCACACGCAAAAGCACCACAACCACUGCCACUCCUUCAUACGGUCCUAUGAAUCCUGCUCCCAUGAAUCCUAAGCCCACUUGCCGUUCAUACACUGAAGAUUUCACCAACACCGUUGUCCAAGAAGCUGAUGAUUGGGCACCUACGUCCACCAACGUCGACAUGGUCAAUCUCUCCGGUUCUAAGAGUGCAUACCAGAUUGAGAACGGUAUGUUGAAGCUCAGAAUGAUGCAACCAGAGUUCAACGCAAAUGGAAAGCCCAAGACUGAAGGUGUAGCUGCUACCCUUGACAUGGCUUUCGAGAUGCAAUACGGUGCCAUUGAGGUCAGAAUGAAGACCAGCCCUGUCAACGGUGUUUGCACAUCAAUCAACACCAUGUCUGAAAAUGGCGACGAAAUUGAUAUUGAGAUGGCCCCUCAUUAUUUCAACACCCAACCACCUAGCAUUCAAGAAUACAACUAUUUCUACCGUAGACAAGGCUCUGGUCCUCCUGGUGUCACUCAUGGUGGUUAUGUUGAUCUUAAAUAUAACACCUCUGCCGACUUCCAUGUCUAUCGUGCUGAAUGGAAUACUGACUCCAUCAUCUGGAGAACCGAUGGUAAAAUCGUUCAUGUUCAAAACAAGAAUGAAACCUUCGACGGUACCAAUUACAUCUUCCCCACUGAGCCUUCCCGCAUUGAACUUGGUAUCUGGGACGCUGGAUUUGCAAACUCCGGCUGGAGUGGUGGCCCUAUCCCAUGGCACCAAUACAAGGAAGUCAAUGCUUGGUUCGAUUACGUCAAAAUAGAAUGCAAUCCCAUCUACAACCACGUCAUUCCCGCUAGAGCUUCCCAAACAUCAAAGGCUGUCAGCUUGAACGUCAACUUGGACGCAGAAGCUCCUCGCAAUUUGAACAAGACUCUUCCUGGCGGUAUCAAGAUUGGCCGACAUGCAUCUCCUGGUAUCCCUCCAAAGGACACCAAGGUCAUCGUUGGUAAGGUUGCCGAUGCCGGCUAUAACCAUGCCUCUCCUGGUUCUGCCUCCAGCAAGUCCAUUGAGCAGAUUUAGUAAUUUUUUUUUUGCCAUCCUAUUUUUAAAUUCUUUAAUAUACGGUAUGCAACGAUCAAAUUUGAUCUGGAUCGAUUGUUCCACAUUCAUUCAAAGCAUUACAUUAAAAGAGGAUUCCCAUGGGCAACCGAUUUCAUUAAAAGCAAUUUCGUUGUGCAGUGCAGCAGCU